AUGAGCGCUGAUCUUUUUGGAGAUUCUUCGGACGAUGGAGAUUCACUUUUUGGCGUAAAAGCCCCAUACAAACCCAAAGAAGCGCCCACGCAAGAAAACAAUCUUGUUUUACUAAGCAUUACUUCAACUCCUACUCCAAAAUCGGAAAAUGAAUUACCCCCAAUUCCACAACCACAGCAAAGUCCGCCAGAACUACCGAAAUUAUCACCAGAACCACAAGUUGAAAAACCUGUUGAACAGAAAAAUGAACCUCCAAAACCAGUAAAUGUUGAACAACCAAAGCAACCAGAAAAACCAGUGGAGCAACCACAGCAUUCAGCUCCAAAAGCAAAGGGAAAGAAAGUUUAUACUAAAACUGACGUAGAAACUUCUCUUUCUCAAUUUAAGAAAAUGAUUCAACAAAAAUUCGAUGAAUUACAACUCGAAAUACAGUCAUUUAAUCCACCUCCAAUGCAAUACCGUCAUGUUUGCCUGUCAAAUGAAAAAAUGCUUCAACAAGUUCGUUCUAUUGCGACUGAAUCAGCUCAAAAGAACAGAAUUCUUACAGAACUUCAAUCACAGAUUGAUGAACUUUCAUCUGUUUUUGUUGAUCGCGAAGAAAGAGUUAACUUACGAUCAAAAAUUCAGCAAUUAAAUAAAGAAUUAGCAGAAUACUCACAACCAAUUGAUACAACAGCCUUAAAUAAUAAUAUAAAUAGAUUAGAAGAGGAACUUAAGAAUAUUUCUGAAAAUUACAAGAAAGAUGAACAACUUGAAAGAGAUUCAUCAGAAAACAAACUUCAGGUAGCUAAAAAGAAUACCGAAAAUGAUACAAAACGAUUAAAUGAUCUCAUUAAGCAAUCAGAAAAUACAAAAAAGUCACUUGAAGAACAACUUCAAAAAUUAACCUUAGAAAACCAGAAAUUAUCGGAAUCUAACCCACAAGGAGAUGAUAAAGCAGCUGCUCAGCUCAAACAAAUGAAAAUUAAAUUGGCAGAAGCGGCAAAAGGAGUUGUUCAAAGAUUGGCCGGUGGAACCCUCAAAAUAUUCACAGGAAAUAUUAAAGAAAAGGGAAGAUAUCCAUCAGCUCAGGUUUUAAACGCGCUGAAGCAAACUUUGGGAAAUAUUGCCGAUGAAAUUUUGAAUCCAGAUGAUUACGACGAGGAUGAGGAAGAGGACUAA